CGGCGGCCGGUCGCUUUUCUCUGCUGCCGCUGGUUGGAUCGUUUCAAUAAAAGUCUUUUUUUUUUUCCUCUCUCUCGCUCUCGCUCUCGCUCUCCUCCGGGACACUGGCGGAGGCGUCAAGCCGCAGCUGCCGAGUGAGAAAGCGACGCACACUCAGCGAGCGAAAGCGGCCGCCCGCGGUCUCCUCUGCUCAUCACCGUCCGGCCCCAGAGAAGAAGGAGCCCGCGUUCGGCCGGGCCGCCUCAGCCAGGCUCGGCGCCUCCCUACCCGCUUCGCUCCCGCCCCCGCCCCGGCUCCUCCGAGGGGAUUAGUGGGCCGCCCGCGCGGCUCGGCGGUCCGGGAGCCAUGUUGACCUGGGGACCUGGCAACGCGUGAGGGACCCGAGCCGCUCCUUCCGAGGCUUUGGACUGUUCGGCGAGAGUCAGAAGGCAGCUGCAGCGAGGCAGGCCUGCGCCUCGGAGACGCUUUGGGUCUGCCAGCAGCUGGGACCCGGACCUGCAUCCGGUCGCUGCGGGCGUCGGCGGAGCCGCUUUCCCUCGGCGCCUCGCCUCGCCCGGGACGCGGCCUCCGCACUUGCUGGAUAUUUCAAGUCACCGUCAACUGAUAGGAUGAAAAAAUUUAAGAGAAGGCUAUCCCUCACGCUUCGAGGAAGCCAGACUAUUGAUGAAUCUUUGUCUGAAUUGGCUGAACAAAUGACUAUUGAAGAAAAUAGCAGCAAGGAUAAUGAGCCUAUCGUGAAGAAUGGCAGGCCUCCAACCUCUCACAGUAUGCAUUCCUUCCUCCACCAGUACACAGGGUCCUUCAAGAAGCCCCCAUUGCGGAGACCACAUAGCGUUAUUGGAGGAAGCCUUGGCUCCUUCAUGGCAAUGCCCAGAAAUGGAAGCAGAUUAGAUAUUGUUCAUGAAAAUCUAAAAAUGGGAUCUGAUGGUGAGAGUGACCAAGCUUCUGGGACAUCAUCUGAUGAAGUCCAAUCACCUACAGGUGUUUGUCUUAGAAAUCGUGUACAUAGACGGAUCUCAAUGGAGGAUUUAAAUAAGAGGUUGUCACUGCCUGCAGAUAUCAGAAUACCUGAUGGAUAUCUUGAGAAAUUGCAGAUAAACAGUCCACCAUUUGAUCAACCAAUGAGCCGAAGAUCUCGUAGAGCUUCCUUAUCAGAAAUUGGAUUUGGGAAAAUGGAAACCUACAUCAAAUUGGAGAAGCUUGGAGAGGGUACAUAUGCUACAGUAUAUAAAGGAAGAAGUAAAUUGACAGAGAAUUUGGUGGCAUUAAAAGAGAUCCGGUUGGAACAUGAAGAAGGUGCACCCUGCACAGCUAUAAGAGAAGUUUCACUAUUAAAGGAUCUAAAACAUGCAAAUAUAGUUACCUUACAUGACAUUGUUCAUACAGAUAAAUCUUUGACUCUGGUCUUUGAGUACCUGGAUAAAGACCUAAAACAGUACAUGGAUGAUUGUGGAAACAUCAUGAGUAUGCACAAUGUAAAGCUGUUUUUAUACCAAAUUCUACGUGGUUUGGCAUAUUGCCACAGAAGAAAAGUGUUGCACCGAGACUUGAAACCACAGAACCUUCUCAUUAAUGAAAAAGGAGAAUUAAAGCUAGCAGAUUUUGGACUAGCCAGAGCUAAAUCAGUUCCCACAAAGACCUACUCAAAUGAAGUUGUCACACUGUGGUACCGGCCACCUGAUGUGCUUCUUGGUUCCUCAGAAUACUCAACACAGAUUGACAUGUGGGGUGUUGGUUGUAUUUUCUUUGAAAUGGCUUCUGGAAGACCUCUGUUUCCAGGAUCAACUGUGGAGGAUGAACUGCACUUAAUAUUCCGACUGCUAGGAACUCCAUCUCAGGAAACUUGGCCAGGUAUUUCUUCAAAUGAUGAGUUCAAGAACUACAACUUCCCAAAAUAUAAACCACAGCCUCUAAUUAACCAUGCACCCAGGUUAGACUCUGAAGGAAUUGAGUUGAUAACAAAAUUUCUUCAGUAUGAAUCUAAGAAAAGAGUUUCAGCAGAGGAGGCCAUGAAACAUGUGUACUUUCGAAGUCUGGGACCAAGAAUACAUGCUUUACCUGAAAGUGUGUCAAUAUUCAGUUUGAAAGAAAUUCAGUUGCAAAAGGACCCGGGUUUUCGAAAUUCUUCUUAUCCAGAGACAGCUCAGUAAUUCUUCAGAGAGAAAUCUGACUCAGUCAAGUCAGGGAUCCUGAAAGCUGCAGAUGGCACAAAGACCUUUUACAAGUGGCCUGGCUUGAUCACUGCACACGCCAUCCUUGGUACCUGAGGCAGAAGACACACCUUGUGCUUCCCUAGUCAUCAGGUUCAUCACUUCGAAGCAUAGAAGCUGUAGACCCCAUCGACAAAAGGGCCAUUUAAGACAGUGCUGAUCACUCUUACCAUGGAAAAUUAGCUUUUGCUGGUGGGAACAUUAGCUUCCUAGAGUCACCAAAUACUGUAUGUGGGAUAAAACUGAACAUUGAACUGCCUCAUAAAAUGACUUUAUAUUUUAGGACAUGGGAAGAACAGAAGACAGAGCAUGCUCUUUUAAGUCUGAUAACAUGGUUUCAAGCCCAGCCCCAGCCUUUCUUAUCAAUCAAGGACUCAGAUCUGAAGGCAAUUAUUUCUUUUGGUGGACUUGGAAUCUCCGUUUGUCUACACUGUCCUCUUCACAGUGGAGUCUUUUUAUUUCAGACCUACAGAUUGUUUUUAUAUUUGUUGUCACAGUGUGACAAUUUUUUUGUACAGUUGGUUUUAAGGUCUUCUCUGCCAUUAGAGCCAGUAGGUUACAGCUAUUGAUGUAACUGUAGCUGCAAUUUUUGUGCAGGACUGAGAAACACAGUGCAUUAUUUAUUGCGGAAUCAUUGCUGCUAAAUAACUACUGUCUGUUUAUUUAACACAACAGUUGAAUGCCUGAAGAAGUUGCAGUGGCUUUAUUAUGUGAAUGCAUCUGUUUCUCCUCACAAAUUGUUUUACUGCUGCAUUUUUUUGUUUGUUUUUAAAAUUAAACUGCGGUGUUUUCUGGAAUGUAAAUUCAGCUUUGCUUAACAGUAAAAUAAGUGAGCCAUCUUGAACACUCUUAAGUUCAUGCUAUAUAAUCUAUAUAACUUUUUUAUCGAACAUUGGCAAAUAGAAUAGCUAAGAAAUUGAUAAGCACAUUAUGUUUAGGGAAGCAUGUGAUGGAGAAGUUGAUUCAAGCAAGUGAAUACCUGACAUUUUGGGGAUCUCACAUUAGAUACCAGUAAAUUAAAGCAUCCAAAAUUGUUUAUUUUUACCUUAUUUCGUAAAUAUUUACUGCACAUUAUUGGAUAUUUGUAUACUAAUACACUUAACCUAUUUUAAAUGAAACCAUGCCAGUCCAGUCAAACAUGAGAGGUCUUGUUUUUGUUCAUUUUAAAAACAAUUCUUGCAUUUAUAAAGGAUGCCAUAUCAUUGAGGAACAAUUUAUUUCGUUGGGGGGCUGUCUGUAUGUAUGUGUCUUAACAUUCACUUGGAAUCAGCUGAAAGCUGUAAUAUGUCUUUGAAAUGAGCCAUGAUAAAUACAAAUGAGAUCAGUGAGAACUUAGAGGAUUGUUUUAAGCAUUGUAGUUAUUAUCUGUUUACCAGAUACAAAUAUUACAGUUUUAAUUAUGCAUCUCUUCGAACAUCACAAACACACCUGAGUGUUAGUAACAGUGUUUUAAGCAUUUUUGUUAACUUUUAGGGACUAUUUGUUUAGUGCAUCUUACAAACUACAAAUCUUAAUUGGUAUAUUUUGAAAUGGUCAUGUAAAUUUUUGGCUUAUAUAUCAUGAAAAUAGUCAUAACUUAAUUUUUUUUCCUGACAUUCACUGUAAAACAUUCAGGGGUCCUACCAUUUCUGUUCAGGAAAUCUUGUAGUUUAUUGUUAUUUAACAGUAUUAAGUGAAUUUUUGUAUAUUUCAUUUUAACUUUAUUUGUGAAUAGUGAUUGUGGCAUGUUUAGGGUGUUAUUUUAAUAUUUUAUGAUACUGAAAUUUUAAUUUUUUUAAAAAAAUUUCUGGAAGAAACAGAUUUAUGUGUAAUGGUGAAUAUUGGACCACUACUGCUUUCCACAUUUGUAAAUUAGUUUUAUGUUAAAUCCUGUAGCCUAACAAACUGCUGUUAUUUCUAACUGACAGACAUGUAUUACUUUGAA